AGCGACAGGCUGCAGGGAAGACAGGAAGGGAGAGGCAGAGAGCCUGUAGCUCAGGAAUGCGCUGCCCUUAUCUCUCACUCUCCUGCAAUCCCGGGGAAUAACUCUCCAGAGUUUGUGCCUUGCUCGCUCGCUUACUCACCCUCUGCCCUGGGUGGAGCUUCACUCUGGCCUGUCUGAGGUGAAUCAGGCUUCAGGCACGUCAGGGGGAGAGGCAGAGGCCAGAGCGAGACCCACCACCUGCACUGGCUCACCUGGGAAGCUCCCCUGCCCCUCAUGGCUCGUCGGUCCCAGAGCUCCUCACAGGGGGACAACCCCCUGGACCCUAACUACCUGCCACCCCAUUACAAGGAGUAUUACCGGCUGGCUCUGGAUGUGCUAGCUGAGGAGGGGCAAGAGAGUUAUCAUCAUUUUCUGGAUGAAGAAGGAGCCCCUGACUUUCUCUGCAGCACAGAGGUAGAUCACAUCACUCAACAUCUCCAGAAGCCCCAGUAUGCCAAUCAGGAGGGCAGCUGCAUGGAUGCCAUGCAUGACAAUGACAUGGACGGAUCUUCUGGGACUUAUUGGCCUAUGAAUUCUGACCUUGCUGUCCCUGAGCUUGAUCUGGGGUGGCCAAUGGUCUUUGGAUUCAAGGGUACUGAGGUAACAACUCUGGUGCAGCCACCACCUCCAGACAAUCCCAGCAUCAAGGAAGAAGCCCGUAGGAUGAUCCGAGCUGCACAGCAGGUAGUAGCUAUAGUGAUGGACAUUUUCACAGAUGUGGAUCUACUGAGUGAGGUGCUGGAUGCUGCUGCCCGCAGGGUCCCUGUGUAUAUCCUCCUGGACAAAAUGAACUCCCAGCUCUUCCUAGACACAGCUGCUAAGUGCAAAGUCAACCUCAACUAUAUGGAGUUCCUGAGGGUCCGGACAGUUUCUGGCCCCACCUAUUACUGCCGCACGGGGAUGUCCUUCAAAGGGCAUGUGAAAGAGAAGUUCCUGUUGGUGGACUGCAUGGUGGUGCUAAGUGGCAACUACAGUUUUAUGUGGUCCUUUGAGAAGAUUCAUCGAAGCAUCGCUCACAUCUUCCAAGGGGAGCUGGUGUCUAGUUUUGAUGAAGAAUUCCGAAUUCUCUUUGCUCAGUCAGACCCUCUCAUUCCUCCAGCCAAUGUCUUGGUGAAGGCAGAGAACCCAUUUACCAUGGCCUCCUUUGGCAACAAUAUGCCCUUCUUUCCAAAGAAACCACACCUGCUGUUCCAGAGGGAUGACAAUGUCUUUCCGCCCUUCAUGGACAGAGUCGAUCCAGAUAGAUGCUUCUUGUCAGCCUUUAGACGGGAUGAACUGAUGCGCCAUACUAUGGAGGGGUCAGCAAUGCGCAUGUAUUCUAAGAAGGCAGAAAUGGAGAAUUCUCAGAUUGAUCCUGUCAGAGGUUUAUUUCGCUCCAGGCAGUUAGAGCUGGAUUCCUUUAAGAGGCACAGCUUUGCUGAAGGAACCUUUGAAAACUUUUCUUCUUCAAAGCAGUGUUCUAGGCAGAUGUUCAUGAACAAUCUGGAUGACUUUAAAACGCAGUCCAGUCACUUUCAAAAGGACCAGUUCUACCAGUAUCAAUUUGAACAUCCCUAUGGUUCCAGCAGGCCUCAGGGGUUCUUUGAGCGAAUCCGAGGGGGUAGGCCGGGAUUCAAUGAAAUGGAGGACUAUGCACAGGACCCCAGAUACCCUGAACUUGAAUCCCACUUCCCACAAGAGGGUUUCCCCUUAAGGCUAGAUUAUGAGCAUUCAAAUUCUUCCAGGGAAGUGAGGCAUGGUUCUGACCAGGUAAACCCUGCAGGGAAUGGCCCAUUAGGGCUGAUGUCACUAAGGAGGCAAAACAUAGGACAGAAAUUCAUGUGCCAGACAUCCCCCACACAGAAGCAGAGCCUGGAACAACGACUGUUUUUACAAAACCAGGACCCAGAUCAGGACAAGAAGACCCAGGAAAAUAGAACAGGUUUGCGUAACUGGAGGAUUUCUUCAUACCUGAGUGCAUAUCAGUCAGAACCAGGAGACGAAGGCAUCCCAAUGCCCAUGGAAUCAGAGUCAUAUAAUGAUGUUUCGAGCCUUGGAGAGCCCCUCACAAAGUACCCCAGUGACCUGAUCCCAUCUUUCAAGUCUCCUAUGUCAUUUAAUAAUAAAUCAUUGGGAAUUGAAAGCGCCAAAGAGUCGGCAGGUACUGAGAGAGCAGGCGAGGAGACCUCCCUUGUGAAACAGGAUUCCUUUAGAUCCAGGAUAAAUCCUUUGAUCCAGAGGAGCUCAAGGCUCAGAUCUUCUUUGAUUUUUAAUGCUGCCAAUUUAGAUCAGCAGAAUAUGACAAUGGAGAAGGUUCAGAUGAUGCAAAAGGAGCAAAUGUCCAGUGAGAUUAUAAAAGACAAUGAAACUAUAAAGGCAGCCACCUCUUCUAAAGUGGCAGAGCUUUUAGAGAAGUAUAAAACUGUGGGCAAAGACAUAGAGAGUGCUACAGUUAGUCACACCAAAGCUGUUUCCAGUUUUCUACAGGAAGAAUCUCAGAAAAAAUGUACCAAAGCUGUUCAAUAUAAGAUCCUGGAGAGUAGGGUGCUAGACUCAAAAGAAUCCUUCAGUAGUUACAAGAUGCACAUUGAGUCUGAGAAACAGCUUGGUAUGUCUCCCUCAGCCACCCAGCUCCUUGACACACUAAGUAAAGAUCCUGUAACAAAUAUUAGCAGCAAAAUGGAAAAAUUAUCUUCUCGGUUCUAUCCUAUAGACAGCAAACCUGCUCUUCCAACAAAGGAGAACCUGAUGUUUGUAGAAGACACUCAGAAGCUUGCUCUGCCAGAGAAGAGGGAGAAACUGACAUUCAGAAGAGACACACAAGAACUAGCUGACACAGAAUUCAAGAAACCACAGGCUAGGAUAAGCACCACAUCAAUUCCUGAAAGUUUAUCCAAGAAUCAAGGGUCUGACAGCUCUCUCGAUAAAUCCGAGGAAGAGGGUGCCAAACAGGAACAGAGUCCAUUGGAAUUUUUUAGGAAAGGGUCGCUAAGGUUGAAACAGUUGCUGAACCCAAAAGCUGAAAAGAAAUCAGAGGAAGAAACCAUUCUUGAGAGUGGAAAGUUUGACAAGCAGACCAUGAGCCUUAAACGAUCUUCAAAGGGGGAAUUUCAGGAAGUGAGGGAGGAAGAGAAAUCCCAAAGGAUCACAACAGCACCUGCUCUCAAAAGCAACCAGCCGUCUCAGACCAGGUUUGCUUCUUCCACGGCAAACAUUCUAUACAGCAGCAACCUCCGUGAUGACACAAAGGUGAUUCUGGAGCAAAUUUCUGCCAACAGUCAGAAGAACAGAGCUGAGUUGGCCAAGCAACUACCUUCCACAAGUAAUCCUGAUCUUACCAAGUCUACCAGCAGCUUGGAAUAUAAAGGCGAGAAGGAGAAAAGCUGCAACAUUAGCAGGUCAGAAAGUUUUGGGAGCCAUAAGAGGAAUCUUCAGAAGCAACCAUCAGAGGACAGAGAUACCCUUCUGAAAAAGAUGGAGAAUAUGCGAAAGGAGAAACGGGUCUAUAGUAGGUUUGAGGUCUUCUGCAAGAAGGAUGAACAACCAAUUCAGAGUGAUGGGGAAUAUGACACAGAUGCCAAAGACAAGAAAAUGGGAAAAUUCAUGCCCAAACUCCUGGGGACCUUCAAAACCAAAAAGUGACCUUAGAAAUGCUGCCUAAAUCCCAACUCCAGGGGCUGUAAUUACUGUCUGUCAAUGGAGAAAGGGGAGGUUAUGCUUCAGUGAUGGACACUAGUAACAUACUGAAUACUCCUUCAUGUUGUUGAGUGCGCAGUUGUGCAACACUGGCCUCCUACAGCAUGAUUUCCUCAUACAGUUACAUGGUGAAAGGCAAUUUUACUGCAAUAGGAUCCAAAUUAUAAAAAAAUUAAAUCAACAGAUUGUUUAAAACAAAAAUAAAGUGGAGUCUAUUUAUCAUCUGCAGAGGGAAGCUCCUCAGCAGACAGAACAAGCUUGCUAUUAUUUGGGGAGGGGUGAAACUAUAAUGCAAAGCUCUGCCCUGAGUCAGGGAAGUCCAUACUUCUCAUUUACAAGAACAAUACUGAUUUUUGGAUAUUUCUCAGGUUGUGGUCCAUUUUUUCCACAUAUGUGGUACCAGGAGGAUCUUUGACAAUUUCCAGGAGCAAGAUCUUGCAGUAAAUUCUUUGCCCUUACCUGUAGUUAUGACCCUGUCCAUCGGCACAUGUCCAGCUUUUAUACGUAGCAUUGUAUAACCUUAUGGGUGUUUUUAAAUAUAGUUGAAAAUAUUAUUGCUUUAGAGGGGGAGGCAUUAGCAGGCAGCUGGAAGGCAGCAGCAGAGGGAAUUUACAUGCCAUGCUGGGAUAAAGAGGUGUCUCUAGUUUAAAUUAGCCAAGCUAGUAGGGCACUGAAUCAAGCCUGUACAAUGCAGCCUUCGUCAAGCAGAAUCUUCCUUGAGGGUGUACCACCAAGAAGAGGUGUUUUCUCUCAGGGAGGGAUUUGUAGCAGAGGAUAAGCCAUUUCAAGUGUUAGCAGGUUCCCCCAUUGUGAUGACAGGAGAGGGAGGAGGGGUUCAGACAAAAGGAAGAAAUAACUGAGCUUUACUGUAACUUAUCUUUUCUUAAUGCUCAGCAAUGUUUUUUUCUUACAUAGAUUUCUUUCAGGUGUUUGGUACCAGGCCUGGCCCAGACCAGCCUGUUUGGUUCAUACUGUGGUAUUGGAUUGUCUGGCAGGACAGUGGGCGGAGGGUGGGUGUCAAAAAAAAAGAAGAACAUUGUACAUAAGGUUUUUUGCCUUGUAUCUGUUGUUCUUCAGCCUGGGACUCUCUCUUUUAGGCAACACAGCAGCAGUGGCAAUGGGUCUCAGUGCUGGAAAUUAAAUCUGACUUUAUAUUUUUAUCUGUGUGCCUACAGGUACAAAUAAACACAUUUGGUAAAUUAAAAAAUAAAUGCAUAAAAAGUCACAGCAAGCUCAAGUCCUCUGCUGGCAAGGCAGCCGAGAAGAACAUCUUAUGGUACCUGGGCUGUGGGAAGGGAGAAAUAAUUCCUUUGAAAAUAGGCAACAAGACUUCUGAGAAUCAGUUCUGGCCACCUUCCUUUACUCCAUAUGACUGCCAGAAGCUCAGUUCCCCAUUACAAUUGUGGUUCCCUCCUAGCCUCAGAGAUUGGGAGUUUACCUGCAGUCUAGGCCAUUAUGUGACAACUGUACCUGUGGAAAGAGGCCCAUACCUCUUAUUGGAAGUGGCUGCCUUAUUCCUUUGGACUGUGUUUCUCACAAGGGGAGGCCAAUUAUAUAAGGGCUGAGGCCUAACUCAUGCAUAUCAGGUGCUCCUUAGUUCCCGCAACAACAAGCAAGGUGGAAAGUCAAGCAAAAACAAAAGAGGAAUGUAGCAGAGAACUGUGUUUUAGAACUCUAUUAGAGCCACAUCUACAAGACAGGUUUCAGAGUAGCAGCCGUGUUAGUCUGUAUCCGCAAAAAGAAAAGGAGUACUUGUGGUACCUUAGAGACUAACACAUUUAUUUGAGCAUAAGCUUUCGUGAGCUACAGCUCACUUCAUCGGAUGCAUGCAGUGGAAAAUACAGUGGGGAGAUUUUUUAUACACAGAGAACAUGAAACACUGGGUGUUACCAUACACACUGUAACGAGAGUGAUCAGGUAAGGUGAGCUAUUACCAGCAGGAGAGAAAAAAAACCUUUUGUAGUGAUAUUCAAGGUGGGCCAUUUCCAUUUUCUCUCCUGCUGGUAAUAGCUCACCUUACCUGAUCACUCUCAUUACAGUGUGUAUGGUAACACCCAUUGUUUCAUGUUCUCUGUGUAUAAAAAAUCUCCCCACUGUAUUUUCCACUGCAUGCAUCCGAUGAAGUGAGCUGUAACUCACGAAAGCUUAUGCUCAAAUAAAUGUGUUAGUCUCUAAGGUGCCACAAGUACUCCUUUUCUAUCUACAAGACAGUGAUCAAAUGAUCCUAAAGGACUGGGCAGACUAUCUCUUCCUCUCCUGUGUCCUACACUGAAGAAUAUUUUCCAUCCCUAUCUGAAGAAUCUCUCCAACUUCACAGCCCCGCUCAUGUUUCACCUGGUGCAUAUGUUGUGGGUAGGAAGUAAGUGCCCUUACUUUGAACUAUCCUUCUGAGUUUUCCUGCCAACUCCAGUGAGAUUGAGAAACAACUGAUGCCCCUUCCAUGAUUACUAAGAUUGCAGGUUUGUCAUAGCAGGAAAAAAAAGUCACGUAUUGUGGUUUUCCCAUUUGGCCAUGACUUUUUUUUUGUGUCCACAACUCAUCCUGAAGUGGCAGCUCAUACAAUUCUUGUCCCAUGGUUUGAGCUUGGCUCCCUGUUCUGCAUGCCCUGGGUUGCAAACCUGCUCAAGUUUGACCUGCCAGACCCUCCAUCAUGACUGGGUGGGAGAAGGGCAAGGGAGAAAACUUCAAUGAAUGGCAUUGUGCCCGGGUGAACUGGGCCACAGAACCGCUCAGGUUUGGCCUGCCUGACAUUCUAUCAUGACGGAGCAGUCAGGCAAACCUAAGCAGUGCUGUGAACCAGUGUGCCCAGUUGCAAUGCCAGGAGCAAGGUGCUGGGCCCAGCAUCAUGGGACACAGGAGCCACAGGAACUGCCACUUUGGGAUGAGUGCAGGGCACUGGGCCCAGAACCGUGGGCCACAGGAGCUGUCACUAGGGUGAGUGCAGAGUGCCAUGGCCAGUCCUAUGGGACAAAGAAGCCAGUUGUGGGGUGAUUGUGGGGUGGGUUCUCUCCGCAGCAGCUCCCACCAGCUUCCCCUCUGCACUCAGCCAGGAUUAGGGUUGCAGUGCUGGAAUGGAGGGUCCUGCUGCAGGUGGUUGGUGCCUUUUUAUUUUUUUUAAAUAAAAAAACCCCAUUUUUAAAAUUUUUGAUUAAAAAAAUGCUGAAAUAAAGCUGCAGCCCUAAUGAACAAGUACCAGAGCUGGAGCUACAAGCUCAGCAACCCUGCUACAGGUAUGUGGAUGACAGGUGGGGGAAGGGCCGAUUGAGUGCCGACAGUCGACAGUAGCUUUAUUUAUGUCUUAAAGAAUUAAAGGUUUCAAGAUGCCUAGCUGUCAUGCUAACAGCACUACAUAAAUUAAUUAAAUUUUCAGUGAAAAAUGGUGGUUACUUUAUUGGUUGCUGGAAGCAGUGUCAAAUGAAGCCCUGUGUGGCUGGAUUUCCCAAUUUGAAGAAUGGGCUAUUCAGGAAGCCUCACUAGUGAUGACUGAAAUCUCUAGUGAUCAAGAUUAUAUCGCCUUUCUAACAUGAACAGUUCAAUUAGACGUAAAUAUAUUAGCACAAAGAAAUGACCAGAGAAGUACGGAGGAGCUGGCCAAAAACACAAUAAGGAGCCUAAAGGGCAUUUUAAAUUUACUCCAUGUUGCAAAUAAUACUAGGAGGAAGAUGGCACAAGAGUUCAUACAGUAGAACAGAACAGUCUUGUUCCUGUACGGAGCUUCAUCUCUUUUCUUAUUCAGUUUCUUGCUACUGUUAUAUAUUAAGAGGAUGCUAUCUAAGCCGUUCUGUAUAUUGUGGUGCAUAAAAUAAACAAAUUAAUUUUUACUAAAACACUGUGUUGGAGUCAGAUUUCACACACACAAUUGUUUAGUGAAGCAAUAUGAUGGUGAGCUGAAUGCUGUAGGUGAGAUGAGGGAGGGAAGAAUGUCAAAGCCAGGCGAGCAGUGAGCUGGAGGGUCACAGAUUACCUGACCUGUAAAUAUUUUCCAGCUGCACUUUCUUUCCCCAAAUAAAAAGAGAUUGUUAAAAAGAAAAGAGCCUCAGUGAAGUGUGGCUAAUAUCAAGAGAAAAAAAUAAAAACAGCAUGACACAUUCUACACCAAGUUCUACACCUCUAAUAACUUUAUAUAUGAAAUCAGUAACACCCAGAAGCCCUAGUCAAGUCAUGGCCAUAUUGUUCAAGGUGCUGUACAA